AUGCCCAGCUCGCUGUUUGCAGACCUGGAGCGCCACGGCGGCGGCGGCGGGGGCGGCGGCGGCGGCGGCGGGGAGACCCUGGACGACCAGCGGGCCCUGCAGCUCGCGCUGGACCAGCUGUCCCUCCUGGGGCUGGACAGCGACGAGGGCGCCUCCCUGUACGACGGCGAGCCGCGCAGGAAGAGCGUGAACAUGACCGAGUGCGUGCCGGUGCCCAGCUCGGAGCACGUCGCCGAGAUCGUGGGCAGGCAAGGCUGUAAAAUCAAGGCGCUCCGGGCCAAGACCAACACGUACAUCAAGACACCGGUGCGCGGGGAGGAGCCGGUGUUCGUGGUGACGGGGCGGAAGGAGGACGUGGCCAUGGCGCGCCGGGAGAUCAUCUCGGCGGCCGAGCACUUCUCCCUCAUCCGCGCCUCCAGGAACAAGAGCUCCGCGCUCAACGGAGGAGGAGGAGGGAGCGGUGGCGGCGGCGGGGGAGGCGGCGGCGGCGGCGGCGGAGGGGGCGCCGCGCCGGGGCCCCCCCACCUGCCCGGCCAGACCACCAUCCAGGUGCGCGUGCCCUACCGCGUGGUGGGGCUGGUGGUGGGGCCCAAGGGCGCCACCAUCAAGCGCAUCCAGCAGCAGACGCACACCUACAUCGUGACGCCGAGCCGCGACAAGGAGCCCGUGUUCGAGGUCACGGGGAUGCCCGAGAACGUGGACCGCGCGCGCGAGGAGAUCGAGGCUCACAUCGCGCUGCGCACCGGCGGCGGCGGCGUCGGGGGCGGCGUCGGGGGCGGCGGCGUGGGCGGCCUCGUGGAGCUCCCGGACGACAACGACUUCCACGCCAACGGCACCGACGUGGGCUUCGAUCUCGGGUCCGGCGGGGGGUCCGGGCCGGGCAGCCUGUGGAGCAAGCCCACGCCCACCCCGGGCCGCAAGCCCUUCGCCAGCUACCGCAACGACAGCUCCAGCUCAUUGGGCAGCGCGUCCACGGACUCCUACUUCGGCGGGGGGACCACCCCGCGCCUGGCCGACUACAGCCCCCCGAGCCCCGCGCUCAGCUUCGCGCACAACGGCAACAACAACAACAACGGCAACGGGUACGCCUACGCCGGCCCCGGGGAGCCCCCCGCGCCCUCCCCCGACGGCGCGGAGCUCCCGCCGCCGCCGCCGCCCGCCUUCGACCCCGCGCCCGCGCCCCCGCCCGGGGCGCCCCUGCUCUGGGCGCAGUUCGAUCGCUCGCCCGGUGGCGGGGGGCCCCCGACGGUCUCCUCCUGCGCCUCCUCCUCCUCCUCCGCGUCUUCCUCCGCCUCGUCUUCCUCCGUGGUGUUCCCCGGGGGCGCGCCCCCCGCCGGCGCCGGCAACCUGGGGCUGUUGGUGCAGCAGCGCCGGCUGCCCCCGGGCGCAGGCUGCCCGCGCCUGUCGCCGCCCCUGCACGCGGCGGCGGCGCCCCCCACGGGGCCCGGGGAGCACCCCCUGGCGCGCCGGGUGCGCAGCGACCCGGGCGGAGGGGGCCUGGCCUACGCGGCCUUCGCCAACGGGCUCGGGGCGCCGCCGCCGCCGCCGCCGCCGCCGCUGCCCCCCGACACGUCGGGCUCCUCGUCGUCCUCCAGCUCCUCCUCCAGCUCCUCGUCGUCCUCCUCCUCCUCCUCGGUGUCCUCGUCCACGACGGGGCUGCGGCGCAAGGGCAGCCGCGACUGCUCCGUGUGCUUCGAGAGCGAGGUGAUCGCGGCGCUGGUGCCCUGCGGCCACAACCUCUUCUGCAUGGAGUGCGCCAACCGCAUCUGCGAGAAGAGCCAGCCCGAGUGCCCCGUGUGCCACGCCGCGGUCACCCAGGCCAUCCGCAUCUUCUCCUGA